AAUCGAAAUGAAAUAUUUUAUAAGCUGAUGAUCAAUCAAUCUCCUUCUUUCCCCUUCCUUUCCAGUCUCUACACAGCGCGCUUUAGCUGAAGCAGAACCUCUUCUCCGGAGAAAAAACGGUUCUGUUUCAACUCUUUGAUCUGAAAUUUUUCAAAACAAUCAGCAUCACCUGAAGGAACAGAAAAAUGGGUAUUAUGUUCACUAAGUUGUUCUCUUCUCUUUUCGGUAACAAGGAAGCUCGGAUCCUCGUUUUGGGUCUUGAUAAUGCCGGAAAAACCACGAUUCUAUAUCGGCUGCAGAUGGGUGAAGUUGUGUCCACAAUUCCAACAAUUGGGUUCAAUGUGGAGACUGUUCAAUAUAAUAAUAUAAAGUUUCAAGUUUGGGAUCUUGGUGGUCAAACGAGUAUCAGGCCGUAUUGGAGAUGUUAUUUUCCUAAUACUCAAGCUAUAAUCUAUGUUGUGGAUUCAAGUGACACUGAUAGAUUGGCAAUUGCUAAAGAGGAGUUUCAUGCGAUCCUCGAGGAAGAAGAGUUGAAAGGUGCUGUUGUUCUCAUAUUUGCGAACAAACAGGAUCUUCCAGGGGCACUAGACGAUGCAUCAAUCACAGAAGCCUUGGAGCUGCACAAGAUUAAAAGCAGGCAAUGGUCUAUUUUCAAGACCUCUGCUAUUAAGGGAGAAGGCCUAUUUCAAGGGUUGGAUUGGUUGAGCAAUACUCUGAAAUCUGGAGGAGGUUAACAUCAUUUAUAGAGCUAGGGAAAGGAGAAAGGAAUACAAUCUAUCUGUUCAUCUCAUGUUCAAAAGGCGUAUUUUCUUUGAACAACUAUUAAUUUGCUGCUACAAAGAUCUUCUUUAGAGGAUGGAGUUACAGUUUUCUGGUAGUCAUAUUCAAUUUUAAUCUCAAGAUAAUAGGGAUUAAUGACAUUUUCCUCUCUUUAUAUUUUCUUUUCUUUUCCUUCUUUUUUUACUGUACUAGUAUCAACACUUGCUUGCUACAACCAUUGUGGUGGCGCAUUCUCAUCAUGUUGUUUCUAUAAUGAAGAUUAUUUUCCGAAUGGAAGCUAUUAUUGUUACAA